CGCGGCGGUGGCGGCCGGAGAGAGGAGGCAGCGCGGCUCGGGAGCGCCGGGGGGCCGCGCUGUGCGCGGGCGGGCUCGGGCGGCCCGCGGUCGGAAGCGGCUUUGCGCCCGCGGGGCCUCGGUGCCGCUGCGGCGGCGGGACGGCGGCGGAGCCGCGCUGUUACUCGGUGUCUGCGGCAGCGGCCCCGGGCUGUGCCCGCCGAGCGCCCUGCGCUGCCCGGCCGCAGGAGCUGCGAGCGCUGCACGCCGGAGCCGGCCUGCGCUCAUCCCGCUCGGCUGACAGCGGCGGGCGGCGGCACGGAGGGAGCUGCGGCACCCCAUGAACUGCACGCAUCCCCCGAGAUGCACCGGCCGACGUGCUGAGUUGUGCUGGAAUUGCCGCUGGAGUGUGGAGGGUACCCUCCACCGGCAGCGAUUUACCAGGGGUUUAGAGAUGAGCUAACCAUGUCAUUAAAUUCAUCUACACUUCUAAAUGAAGAAAACGCUCAAGGAGCAAAAAGAAAUACUGAGUGUUUGGAAAGCCUGCUGCAUACUCCAUCAUCGAUUCAAGAUAAUCCACUUCAACAAUUACAGUUAGCAUCCCAGGAAGUACUGGAAAAGGCAAAAAAGAGUGGGAGAUCAAAAUGCCCCCGAUGCAAUAGUUCAAGGAUGUUUUAUUGUUAUACAUGCUUUGUUCCUGUUGAAACUGUCCCUACCAAAGAAAUUCCGACUGUGAAGUUACCUUUGAAGAUUGACAUUAUUAAACACCCAAACGAAACCGAUGGCAAAAGCACUGCUGUGCAUGCUAAGCUCCUGGCACCUGAUGAUGUUACAAUUUAUAAAUACCCUUGCAUUCCAGAGUACGGAGAGAAGAGACACGAAAUAGCACUUAUAUUUCCUGGCCCCAAUUCAGUUUCAGUAAAAGAUAUUGCUUUCCAUCUCCAAAAGUACUCCAAGAAAGGUGUCUGUUCUAGCGACGAUGACUGUUCCAGAGAGCCUCUUCUUAAACAAGCAAAAAUAGAACUUGAAGGAGAAAAAAAUCCAAAUGAAUGUGUCUCAAGCAGCAGGAGUGAAGGCACUAGACUGAAGAAAAUAAUAUUUAUUGACAGUACCUGGAAUCAAACUAACAAGAUAAUAACUGAUGAACGACUUCAAGGGUUACUCCAAAUUGAGUUGAAGACAAGGAAAACUUGCUUUUGGCGUCAUCAGAAGGGAAAACCAGAUACAUACCUUUCCACAAUAGAAGCAAUUUAUUAUUUCCUUGUGGACUAUCAUCAGGAGAUUUUGAAAGAGAGCUACAAAGGACAAUAUGAUAAUCUGCUUUUUUUCUUUUCAUUUAUGUAUACAUUGAUUAAAGAUGCCAAGUGUUGUGCAGGAAAAGAGCCUGAUGUGCUCACUGUGAUGAGCACAUUUCCUGAGAUGGGACUGGAGGACUCGACCCCUCUUGCCAUAAGGAGUGAUCUUUUAACUGUAAGAAGGAAUUAACACGCUGGCUUUUCAUUGUUACUAAUACUUAUGUCAGAUGUUUUCUUUGUGGUUUACACAGCAAUACUGAUUUCACCUUUGUGGCAUCAAAGGCUUACUGAAUGAACAGAUGGUGUUUAGUUCCUGGGGAGAGUGGCAGCAAUAGAGAAUGAAAGAGCACAUUAAUUGAAUAUGAAUUAUAUACUUUCAAGAAUUAUUCUGGAAAAUUCUUCUAGUAAUAAAAAAGUGGUCUCUUUAAACACUGUUAUACAAUGUAUGAUUUCUGUAGUACCAUUCAUGUAUUCUUAUAUUAGGAUUAUUCUCAACUUCUUGGGUAAUUUUAGACUCCUUCAAACAAAUUUAGUCAAGUGUUUAUUACUGUUAAAUAUUAUUUGGGGGAGCACUAACCUAACAAAUGUCACUAUGGCAUGUUGUAGGCACCACAAAUGGUGGUUCUGACCACAGUAUUUCUGACAAGGUUUCCUUAAACUAGGCAGGCUGGGAAUCUGCUCUGUUUUUCCUUUUGCAGUAAUGGGGCAGAUUAGAACAGUCUAAGUAGGACUUUGUGCUGAUGGGAGUUUUGUCUUUGGUCUAGAGCUGCUGUCAGAGUCAUCACAUGUGAAUGCAGUUUUGCCAAGCUAUACCAGCACAGCCAGUGCUGGCAGAAGUAAUAGACCUGGGCUUUAGAGCAGAGUUAUAUGAAUAUAUUUUAGAUCAUACAUUGAUAAUUAUAUUCUUAAGGUGGAAAAAAUGUUUUAUUAGAGGUAAAAUAUAAGAUGGAUAAAUAUUUCUGAAUAUUCUUAGAAAUGUGUUACUUAAGACAAAAAAUAUCUUGUCAAAGUGACUGACUGAAAAAUUACAAUAGAUUAUUUUUUAAAUAAAACAUCCAAGUUUUUGUUAAUACUUGUAGCAUACUCUCUAGGAGGGCACUCACACACCCUGGUGAACAUAGAAAUAAUGUCUUGGAAAAGUACUUCAAGAAAAUGUUUUUAUACUUACACAGUAGUCCAUACAGGCUCAAAUAGCUGAUUUGUACUGCAUUUUUAAUGCUUCAGGAUAGUGAAAUCUUAAUAUUGCUUCAAACACAAGAUACAAAUACACUGUCUUACAUCAUACCUCA